AUGAGCGCUCCAGCUCAAAAAAUCGUAAAAUGCAACAUUCUAAAAAACGUUAAUUUGGAACAACAAUUGACUAAAUUUUGGGAGCUCGAGGAAGCUCCGAUUACAAAGGCAUGGUCUCAAGAGGAAAAAGACUGUAAGUCCUAUUUCGUGAAAACUACGCGACGGAAUAAUGACGGGCGUUUUAUCGUAAACAUGCCUCUUAAAGAAUCACCGAAGGUUCUAGGCGAAUCAAGGCACCAAGCCGAAAGACGUUUAAUAAAUCUCGAAAAAAGACUGAAAAGAACUCCUGAACUUAAUAGUAGCUAUCGCGCAUUUUUAAAAGAAUAUGAGCAAUUAGGUCACAUGACAGAAGUAAAUGAAAGCUUAACAGUGCCUUAUGUUUAUUACUUACCACAUCACUGCGUUGUGAAAUCAGAGAGUCAGACAACUAAAGUAAGAGUCGUGUUUGAUGCAUCCGCAUCAACUACAAGCGGAAAAUCUCUAAAUGAUAUUCAAAUGACAGGUCCCGUAAUACAAAACGAUUUGUUCUCAAUUAUAAUCAGAUUUAGAAAACACGCAUUUAUUGUAUCCUCAGACGUAACAAAGAUGUACAGGCAGGUACUAAUAGAGGAGCAGCAGAGACCGUUACAAAGAAUUUUAUGGCGGGAAAAUUCAGAAGAUCCAAUCAAAACCUUUCAAUUAAAUACUGUAACCUACGGGACCACUUCCGGAUCAUUCCAGGCAAUCAGAUGUUUAUAUCAGUUAGGAAUAGAAUGUGAGCGCAAUAGGCCAGAAAUAGCUAAGAUUAUAUUCAAUGAUUUUUACGUAGAUGAUAUGCUCACAGGCAGUGAUACAAAAGAAGGCGCAAUCUCAAUAGCGGAACAAGUUGCACAAGUUCUCGCAGCAGGGGGUUUCAAGUUACAAAAAUGGGCUUCGAACUGUUCAGAAGUAUUAAAUAAAAUUCAGGAAGGUAAGGAAGCACUAACUAAUAUUCAAUUUACAAGCGACGGGCAAAGAAAAACCUUAGGAGUUAGUUGGAAUACGCUAGCUGACGUUUUAAUUUAUUUAGUUGAUGUACCAAAGAGCAAAAAAAUUACUAAAAGACACAUUUUAUCGGUAACGUCUAGAAUUUUUGAUCCGCUAGGACUACUAGCACCUUGCAUAAUACCAGCUAAAAUUAUGUUACAAAAACUAUGGUUAGAAAAGCUUUCUUGGGAUGAAUCGUUACCAUCUGAAUUACAUAAUCGUUGGUUGCAAUACAGCGAACAAUUAACAGAGCUAAAUAACUUACAAAUUUUGAGACAAGUAGUUAUAAAAUGUUAUAAGUCGAUUCAAAUUCACGGAUUUUCGGAUGCUUCCAAAGAUGCAUAUGGAGCAUGCAUCUAUGUGCGUUCAACAGAUUCCGAAGAAAACGUUAAAGUCAGUUUGCUUUGCGCCAAAACAAGAGUUGCUCCUUUAAAAACGCAAACUAUACCUCGUCUUGAAUUAUGUGCGGCACACGCGCUCGCAAAAUUGGUCACUACAGUGGUGUCAGCUCUUAAUACAGAUAUAGAGUCCAUUACGUUGUGGUGUGACUCUACAAUAGUGUUGAGUUGGAUAGCCACUCAGCCAAAUCUUCUAGCGGUAUUUGAAUCAAAUAGAGUAGCGCGUAUUCAAGAAUUAACUGUAGGAUGGGCGUGGCGGCACGUACCCACUCAAGAAAAUCCCGCGGAUUGUUUAUCGCGCGGAGCAACUCCCAGAGAGAUACAACGUGAUCACAUGUGGUGGAACGGACCCACAUUUUUGAAGAAGUCCUCGAAAGAUUGGCCUCUACUACAAACUGCAGAACCUAUAAGGCAAAAGACAAAGUCCAUGCUUAUCAAAAGAACGAGCGAAAAUCUAGUUAUAGACGCAUUGUUUACAAAGUUUUCGAAUCUACCUAAGAUUGUUCGAAUUAUCUCGUAUUGUCGUAGAUUUGCACGUAGGUUAAAGACAAAGCAGGCGACCAAAGGAGUUAUAAGCGCGGAAGAAUAUAAGGGCUCAUUAAUUGAAUUAGCAAAAUAUUCGCAGCUUAAAGCCUUUCAGGAGGAAAUCGAAUUAAUUAGCUCAGGUAAAGUAAACACCAAGGGAAGGCUAACUUCUUUAACACCCUUCUUAGAUGACGAAAAAAUAUUGCGUGCGGGAGGACGAUUAAAAAAUUCACUAUUUUCGAUGGACAAAAAACAUCCGAUUAUAUUAGCAGCAGAUCAAAUAUUUACUAAAAGACUUUUCGAAGAUAUGCAUAUACGUUUAUUACACGCAGGCCCUUCUUUAUUGUUAGCAUCAAUACGGGAGCAAUUUUGGCCAUUGGGAGGUAGGAAUUUAGCGAGAAGAGUUGUACACGCUUGUGCAACGUGUUUCAGAGCAAAUCCUAAAUCACUACAAGCUUUGAUGGGCCAUCUCCCACGAGCAAGAGUCUCUACAGACUUUCCAUUUUCCAUCACCGGAGUGGAUUAUGCAGGACCUUUUUUAAUAAAGGAUAAAAAGGGUCGAGGAUGUAAAAUCCAUAAAUGUUACGUUAGCGUGUUCGUUUGUUUUGUAACGAAAGCUCUGCAUCUGGAGCUUGUAUCAGAUUUAACCAAAGAAGCAUUCAUAGCGGCUUUGAGACGUUUCGUGUCAAGGCGAGGAAAACCCGCGCAUAUUUAUUCCGACAAUGGAACCACCUUUGUUGGAAGCAAUAACGCACUUAUAGAAUUCGGAAAAUUCAUCGCUAAGGAGGUGAAGAAUUUGAGCGAAACGAUUGAGGACCUGGGAAUUUCUUGGCAUUUCAUUCCCUCUUAUUCGCCUCAUUUUGGAGGGUUAUGGGAGGCCGGAGUGAAGGCAACAAAGUAUCACCUAAAACGGGUAGCUGGUAAUGCCCACCUAACAUUUGAGGAACUCUGCACCCUUUUAGCACAGGUUGAAGCACUUCUAAAUUCUAGGCCGCUAACCCCUCUGUCUACCGACCCCAACGAAUGUGCACCCCUUACCCCAGCUCAUUUCCUCAUAGGCCGAACAUUUAUAUCAGCACCUGACCCAAGCCUAGCGCAUAUAAAGGAAACAAGAUUGUCCAACUGGCAGAGAAUUCAACAAUUGCAACAAAAUUUUUGGGAAAGAUGGAAUAAAGAGUAUAUUUCUGAGUUGCAGCAAAGGACAAAAUGGAAAACGCCUUUUCCGCCAUUAGAGAUCAACACGUUGGUCUUACUGAAGGAAGACAAUUUACCCCCAGCCAAAUGGAGGCUCGGACGAGUAACCGAAGUUCACGUCGGUUCUGAUGGCAUCGCUAGGGUCGCAAGUGUUAGAACGGCCAGCGGGAUCACACGUAGAGCCUUUCCUAAGCUAUGCCCAUUGCCACGAGAUGAAACACUAGCUCACCCCUGA